AACGAUCCGAGGAGGCGCUGUGCGGCCGCCAUUUUCCUGCGGCGCCCAGUGAGCGUGUGUCCCCCGACCCCGGCCGAGCGGAAGGAGCGAAGGGCGGGGGCGGGGGGCAGGAGGAGGGGUCGCUGCCCGGGUGACAGGGCCGUCCCCGGGGGCGGAGCGUAGCGCAGCUGCCCGCGGCGGGGCAGAGCGACGUGUCUGAGCGGGUCCGUCCCCCUGUCCCGUCCCGUCCUGUCCCAGCCCGGCGCCGCAGCACCAUGUCCGGCCAGAGCCUCACCGACCGCAUCACGGCGGCGCAGCACAGCGUGACCGGCUCGGCCGUCUCCAAGACCGUCUGCAAAGCCACGACCCACGAGGUCAUGGGCCCCAAGAAGAAGCACCUGGACUACUUAAUCCAGUGCACAAAUGAGAUGAAUGUGAACAUCCCCCAGCUGGCGGACAGCUUAUUUGAAAGAACUACCAAUAGUAGCUGGGUGGUGGUCUUCAAGUCCCUCAUCACAACUCACCAUCUAAUGGUGUAUGGAAAUGAGCGUUUUAUCCAGUAUCUAGCUUCCAGAAACACACUGUUUAAUUUGAGCAAUUUCCUAGACAAAAGUGGAUUGCAAGGGUAUGACAUGUCCACAUUUAUCAGACGGUAUAGUAGGUAUCUGAAUGAAAAAGCAGUUUCUUACAGACAAGUGGCUUUUGACUUCACCAAAGUAAAAAGAGGGGCUGAUGGAGUCAUGAGGACAAUGAACACAGAAAAACUCCUUAAAACCGUACCAAUUAUACAAAAUCAGAUGGAUGCACUUCUUGACUUCAAUGUCAAUAGCAACGAGCUUACAAAUGGUGUAAUAAAUGCUGCCUUCAUGCUCCUCUUCAAAGAUGCCAUUAGACUCUUUGCAGCAUAUAAUGAAGGAAUUAUUAACCUUCUGGAAAAAUACUUUGACAUGAAAAAAAACCAGUGCAAAGAAGGCCUUGACAUAUAUAAGAAGUUUCUCACUAGAAUGACAAGGAUCUCAGAGUUCCUCAAAGUUGCAGAGCAAGUUGGAAUCGACAGAGGAGACAUACCAGAUCUUUCUCAGGCACCAAGCAGUCUUCUUGAUGCUUUGGAACAACAUUUAGCCUCUUUAGAAGGAAAGAAAAUCAAAGACUCCACAGCUGCAAGCAGGGCUACCACACUUUCCAAUGCAGUCUCUUCCCUUGCAAGCACUGGCCUGUCUCUCACCAAAGUGGAUGAAAGGGAAAAACAAGCUGCAUUAGAGGAAGAGCAAGCUCGUUUAAAAGCUUUAAAGGAACAACGUCUAAAAGAACUUGCAAAGAAACCUCAUACCUCUUUAACGACAGCAGCCUCUCCCGUGUCUACUGCAGCGGGAAGCAUAAUGACCACCCCAGCCAUUGAUAUUUUUUCCACCCCUAGCUCUUCGAACAGCACAUCAAAGCUGCCAAAUGAUCUACUUGAUUUGCAGCCAACCUUUCAUCCAUCUGUACAUCCUAUAUCCACUGGGCCACAAGUAGGAGGUACAUGGGGAGAUCCAUUCUCUGCUACUGUUGAUGCUGUUGAUGAUGCCAUUCCAAGCCUAAAUCCUUUCCUCACCAAAACUAAUGAUGCUGUUCAUCUGUCUGUUGUAUCCUCUGAUGUAUCUACUUUCACCACUAGGACACCCACCCAUGAAAUAUUUGUUGAUUCAUUUUGUGGCCCUCAAGCUUAUCCUAAUGCUUCUCAUUUCCGCAAUGAGCCCUCUACUGUAGCUGGUCUAUUUGGAGGGUUCACUCCUUCUCCUGUUGCUCAACCACAGCCCGUAGCUGGCCUUAAUGUUGACUUUGAGUCUGUGUUUGGAAACAAAUCUUCUAAUGUCGUCGUAGAUUCUGGUGGCUUUGAUGAAUUAGGUGGACUCCUAAAACCAACAGUGACCUCUCAAAACCAGAAUCUUCUGGUUGCCAAGCUGCCACCUAACAAGUUAGUAUCAGAUGAUCUGGAUUCAUCCUUAGCCAACCUUGUAGGCAAUUUGGGCAUUGGAAAUGGAACUACUAAAAAUGAUGUAAAUUGGACUCAACCAGGCGAAAAGAAAUUAACUGGUGGUUCCAACUGGCAGCCCAAGGUUGCACCCACAACUGCAUGGAAUGCUCCAACAAUUAUUUGGAAAGAGAAACAAUAUCUCUCUUCAGGUCAUCUACCUGCUCUCAUUUUGGGUGGCAGCUGCCAACUCAGAUCUUGCACCGCCUGUAAUGGCCUAUCCUGCUACAACACCAACAGGAAUGAUGGGCUAUGGAAUGCCAACACAGAUGGGAGGUGUACCAGUAAUGACACAACCAACUUUAAUAUACAGCCAACCUAUCAUGAGACCACCAAACCCUUUUGGCCCCGUUUCAGGAGGACAGAUACAGUUUAUGUAAUCACGCCAGAUGAGAAAGGAACAGCUCCAAAAAGACACGUGCUCAACAGCAAACCCCUACUUCCAGCAAAAUCCAAAUUGCUGUAUUUUAACUCCUCUUCCUUUACAAUGAUGCAGGAAAAUCAUGAAGGCCCACAAAGGAAACUGGGACGACUCUCUAGGAAAGUGUCAAUACAUGAUACAAAGCCAAUAAUUCCCCUGAUUUAAGAUGUUCUUUUCUGGUGACUAACGCGUCAGUACUUUCAACUCCUAUUAAUAUCCAUAAUCAGUAACAUACAAAGAGAAGCUCUUAUUCUGAAAUUGUAAGAUUUGUAUUUGGGAAUGCUGUGGGGAAUGAAGAUGAGUGUCCUUUACCAUAACUCAAAACAAGAUUUUCUUUGGGGGAUCAGAUCCUAACUCUUAACUUCUGCAGUUAUCUUUUCUUCAGUCCUCACAAAUGUAGACACAGCAAUGAAAAUUAACUUUUCUUUUUAAAAAAAAUUAUAUAUUCAGUUUGCAGUAGACAUUCCUUAUGUAUUGUUUGUAUUUAUUUAUGAUUAUCAAUUUAAGUAACAUUAAUAUUGUAUCAAACUCCUUAUGAAAAUGAGUAUGGAUGUAUACAGUACGUCUGAUUUUUUUAUCCACAAGAAUGAUUUUGAUUCAAAAUGCUUUUCAGCUGACAUAUAGAGCACUAACUAUUUUAAAGGCCUGAAUCUUAUGAAUUCUCAGUCUGUAUGGGAUUUAGGAAAGUUAUAAAAUGCAUUAAUCCUUUAUAGUCAAUUCUGUGCCUAGGAUUUUGCAAGGGAACAGUUAACUGACAAGGAGAAGCACUACAUUUUUAAUUCAGCAUUAGUGCAUUGGGAAGGAACUUUAUUGCUUUGUGCUUGGCAUGUCAUUAUUUUACAUUUGACAUAAGGCCUUUCCAGAAUGAAUGUGAGGAAUUGCUUUCACUUUAAGACUUUCCUUUUCUUUAAAAACUCUAGGAGGUAUUAUGUGAAAAAAGCCUUGAUUUUCAUUUGGCUAGUGCCAUGUUUAUGAUCAUGUACCUUUAAAAAUAAAUAAAUAAGGGAAGUAGCAUCUUUACAAAUGACUAGCAAGAAUUUAGUUAAUGACGAAUUAAAGCAGCACUGUUGAUCGGUGCUUUGCGUAAAUACAUCGUAACUUUUGGGUCGAAAGGGGCCUUCAGAAGGAUAGUCAAUGAUAUGAAAGCAAUUCUGUACAUGAAUUAAGCAUACUUGCUGCAUUGUCUCUGCAGAUUCUAUUUUUGUUUAAAAUAUUAAAAUGUAUGUUAGCAAAAAUGGGUGGAUUUUCAAAUAAAAUGCAGCUUCCACAGAA